ACCACCACCAACACCACCAUCCGCACGAGCGACGACUUUCCUCUCCCAGAGCUAUCACCACACACCACCACACAGCAUGUCUGAAGGCGACGUGCAGCCAUCCGCUGGCAUUCCCGAGUCCAAGUCGGCGGAGACGUACCAUGUCCCAGAAGCUCUCCUAAAAAAGCAUCCCAAGAGCCCGCACAUCGGGUCCAUGGACGAGUACAAGAAAAUGUACAAGGAGUCCAUCGAAGAGCCCGACAAGUUCUGGGGUAAAAUGGCACGAGACCUCCUCACCUGGGAGCGGGACUUCCAGACCGUCCGCUCCGGCACUCUGGCCGGCGGCGACACCGCCUGGUUCGUCGAAGGCAAGCUCAAUGCCUCGUACAACUGCGUCGACCGACACGCGAUCAAGAACCCCGACAAGCCCGCCAUCAUCUACGAGGCCGACGAAAAGGGCGAGGGCCGCACCAUCACCUACGGCGAGCUCCUCCGAGAAGUCUCCCGCCUGUCCUGGGUACUCACCCAGAUGGGCGUCAAGAAGGGCGACACCGUCGCUCUCUACCUCCCCAUGAUUCCCGAAGCGCUGGUCGCUUUCCUCGCUUGCACACGUAUUGGAGCCGUUCACUCGGUCGUCUUUGCCGGUUUCAGCGCCGACUCUCUCCGCGACCGCAUCAUUGAUGCCAACUCCAAGGUUGUCAUUACCUCGGACGAGGGCAAGCGUGGCGGCAAGCUGAUCGGCACCAAGAAGAUUGUCGACGAGGCCUUGAAGCAGUGCAAGGAUGUGACCCACUGUCUCGUCUACCAGCGAACAGGUGCUGAGGUUCCAUGGACUGAGGGCAGAGAUUUGUGGUGGCACGAGGAGAUGGAGAAGUGGCCGGCCUACUACCCUCCUGUAUCCAUGAGCUCCGAGGAUCCUCUGUUCUUGCUGUACACUUCUGGUUCGACUGGCAAGCCCAAGGGUGUCAUGCACACCACCGGUGGCUACCUCCUCGGAGCCGCGGCGACCGGAAAGUACGUCUUUGACAUUCACGACAACGACGUCUUUUUCUGCGGUGGUGAUGUCGGUUGGAUUACAGGCCACACCUAUGUUGUAUACGCUCCGUUGGUUCUUGGUGUCGCCACGGUCGUGUUCGAGGGCACUCCAGCCUACCCCGACUUCAGCCGAUACUGGGACGUGUGCGAGCUGCACAAGGUUACUCAGUUCUACGUUGCACCAACUGCUCUGCGUCUGCUCAAGCGUGCCGGAGACGAGCACGUUAAGGCGCAGAUGAAGUCCCUCCGCGUGUUGGGUUCCGUCGGUGAGCCCAUUGCCGCAGAGGUCUGGAAGUGGUACCACUCCACUGUCGGAAAGGAGGAGGCUCACAUUGUCGAUACUUACUGGCAAACCGAAACCGGCUCCCACGUCAUCACACCCCUCGGCGGUGUCACGCCCACCAAGCCCGGUUCCGCCUCCCUCCCCUUCUUCGGCAUCGAAGCGGCGAUCAUCGACCCCGUCUCCGGCGAAGAAAUCUCCGGCAACGAUGUCGAAGGUGUGCUGGCCUUCAAGCAGGCUUGGCCCUCGAUGGCCCGCACCGUCUACGGCGCCCACAAGCGCUACAUGGACACCUACCUCAACGUGUACAAGGGAUACUACUUCACGGGCGAUGGCGCCGCGAGAGAUUUCGAAGGAUACUACUGGAUCCGUGGACGUGUCGACGAUGUCGUCAACGUCUCCGGUCAUCGCUUGUCGACGGCGGAGAUUGAGGCGGCGCUCAUCGAACACCAGGCUGUUGGCGAGGCGGCAGUGGUGGGCAUCAACGACGAACUCACCGGUCAAGCGGUCAAUGCGUUCGUCUCGAUUAAGGACGGACACGAGAUCAACGAUCAGUUGAAGAAGGACUUGGUCCUGCAAGUGCGCAAGUCGAUCGGACCAUUUGCGGCGCCGAAAGCGAUCUUCGCAAUUCCCGAUCUGCCCAAGACGAGGUCGGGUAAGAUUAUGAGGAGAAUUCUGAGGAAGAUUUUGGCGGGUGAGGAGGAUCAGUUGGGUGAUACUAGUACGUUGGCGGAUCCGAGUGUGGUGGAUAAGAUUAUUGAGACGGUUAAGGAGGGGAGGGAGAAGAACGACACCUCCCUGUUGUGCCGUUCUCGCAAGCCGACCGCAGCUCUGCCAUUCCAGCCAUUCUCUUUCGAGACCAUGAAGGCCUUUGAUGUACCGCUUUUCCUGGCCCUACAUUCUGUGCCACGGAUCCAGAUGCGCCAAGCCCAUCUCAAUCUACAUCUGAUCUCUGACAUCUUCGCGUGA